UUACUCCUUCCAUUCCUUAUAGUCCCCCUUUCACACCCAUGAAUCUUCCUAGUUCCAUCCCCAUUUUCACUAGUUGACCCACACACCACACCAUCCCCAACGUCCCUACACUCUCAAAUACUCUUUAUUAUUAUCAAACAAAAAAUUAAGCAACUAGUUAUCACCUAAUCAUUUAUAAAUUAUCCCAACUAAGCAUAUUUCCCUUUUCAUUUAUAAUAAUAUUAAAUUAAAUUACAAACUAACUAGCGACAUGUAUAUCUUUCCUUCUAUAUAUAUUCCCUCUUCCUAUUCCCACACACAUGUACAACAUAACAACUCUCUUCUAUUGCUUUAUACAAUACAACAAAGACAAACUGUUUCAUUUUAAUUUUUAAGAAAAAAAAAUGGAUGGAGGUAGUUGCACAGUGGACGAAAGCAGCACCACAGAAUCACUUUCGAUAUCAAUAUUUCCGGCGAAGAAACCGUCAACUCCGCCACCUCCAAACAGUCUCUGCCGUGUUGGAAGUGGCGCGAGUGCAGUCGUGGAUUCUGACGGAGGCGGCGUUGGAGAAGCUGAAUCGCGGAAGCUUCCAUCGUCUAAGUACAAAGGUGUCGUGCCACAACCAAACGGACGUUGGGGAGCGCAGAUUUACGAGAAGCACCAGCGCGUAUGGCUCGGAACAUUUAACCAGGAAGACGAAGCUGCAAAAGCUUACGACGUCGCGGCGCAACGGUUCCGCGGCAAGGACGCCGUAACAAACUUCAAGCCUCUUUCCGGCGACGAUAACAACGACGACGACAUGGAGGCUGAGUUUCUCAACUCGCAUUCGAAGUCGGAGAUCGUCGACAUGUUAAGAAAACACACUUACAAUGACGAGCUUGAACAGAGCAAGCACAGCCGCGGAUUCGUAGCUAGGCGACACGGCUGCGCCGGCGGUGUUACUUUUGCCGGUUUAGCAACAAGCGCGUGCGUUAAAAAGGCGCGUGAGGCUCUAUUCGAGAAGGCAGUUACGCCGAGCGACGUUGGGAAACUAAACAGGUUAGUAAUACCGAAACAGCACGCGGAGAAGCACUUUCCGUUACAGAAAUCCGUUGAUUGCGGCGUGGGAAGCGCGUCGGCAGGGAAGGGGGUGCUUUUGAAUUUCGAAGACGUUGGAGGGAAAGUGUGGCGGUUUCGUUACUCUUAUUGGAAUAGUAGCCAAAGCUACGUUCUUACAAAAGGUUGGAGCCGGUUCGUUAAGGAGAAGAAUUUGAAAGCUGGUGAUACGGUUUGUUUUCACCGGUCCACUGGACCAGAUAAACAGCUUUUUAUUGAUUGGAAAGAUAGGAAAAAUGUUAAUGAGGUUGGGUUGUUUGUUCCGGUUGGACCGGUUGUUGAGCCGAUUCAGAUGGUUCGGCUUUUUGGGGUAAAUAUUUUGAAACUCCCUGGAUCCGAUGCUAAUAAUAAUAAUGGCAAUGCUAUUGCUGCUGUGUUCUGCAAUGGAAAGAGGAGGGAAAUGGAAAUGUUUAAUUUGGACUGUUGCAAGAAGCCUAAGAUUAUUGGAGCUUUGUAACAUUAGGUUAACUUUUUUCUUUUCUUUUUUUUUUUUUUUUAAUUUGAGUUUUUGUGAUCGAAAUGGGAGGAGAUCGAUGAGGAUGGAGCAAAAACAUUACUACUACUACUACUGUAGUUGCAAGUUGCAUAGGGUGAAUUGUAUAUUACUUAAAAGGAAGCUGAAAGUAGGUGUAACAAACUGUACAAGGAAAAAAAAUGUUAUUAAGAGGGAUUAUAGAAGAGAAUGAUAACUGUUAAUUGUAUAUAUUUAAUUUCAUUCAUAGAUGUGUUGUAAUCCAUGAUCCUGCAAUAUCUGAAAUUUCCUUCUACCGUACCGCUGUGUUUGUUUGGGCAUGGACAAUGUCGAACGUAAGCUUUCACAAUAUAUGUGGUUAAUUGA